CCAGAACCGAGCCCAAGGGCGCCGCGACGGUCCCGGCCGCGCGACGCCCCGACAGUCGCUCGAAAGCCGUCGGUCGAAUUCCGAGCAGGUGCGCGCCGCGGCAAGAUGGCGGGCGCAGUGCCGUGUCGCGCCUUCGUCGUCUUGAGGCUCGAGAUAACGCGCGUCCUGAGUGCGACGCCCCUGACAGCGGCCAGGAAAUACCGUAACGAAACUUGGUGCAGGAGAUGGUGGAGCAACACGCAGAGAGGUCUUUCGACGAGUGCAGGUUCCUUUGCUCCAGUUCUGAGCCCGAUCCUGAGGAAGGACGCGAAGGAAGGGAGGCAACCGAAGGACUCAAAGGACACCAGAGACCCUAGGGUCCCCAAGGACCUGAAAAACCCUAGGGGCAUUCGCGAGAAAACUGCGAUCACCGCCGAGAGCAUCGAGGCUUCCGAGUUUUUACAUCCAAAGAGCAGAGAGAGAAAGAGGAAGAGGGAAAGGUCCGGAGACACGAGCUGCACAGGAAGGUCCGGUGGAAAACCGGAAGUACGAGAAAGCCCGACACGCAGUGACCCGAUAAAGGAACGCAAGCGUAAAAAGCGCCACGACAAUCAGGUGGCUGUGUCCUACUACCGAGGAUUGCCCAGGAUCACUGUUCCGUUGACGUCCAGGAAGGAGAAAUGCGUCUUCAACCUGAAGCCCAUCACGCACACGGUCGGCGACUUCUUGGAUAUGUUGAAGAAGGAGGAUCCAGGGAUCGACCGAGCCACCGUGUACACGAUAAAUGGGACGAGAAUAUCUGCAGGGACAACGAUAGAGUGCCUGCUGGAGGAGGACUUCCGGUUGGUGGUGAACGACGUGGAGUACGUCGUAACUCCACCUAGGCUAGAGAGGCACACAAUGGAGGAGCUGGAAAAGCUGAACGAAGUGCGCACCCUCGUGAGCCAGCUUUACGACCACCUCCACGUGCGCGAGCACAACGCCGACCUGGAGAAACAGGUGGUCAGCCAGCUGGAGGAGCUUCGUCUGGAACUGGAACCCCUGGAGCAGAAGCGCGCAGAGCUCGAGGUCACCGCCGAGAGAAGAGCGACGUUCUCGACGUGGAUAGGGUUGUUCCUGAUGUCGGUGCAGUUCGGGAUCCUGGCCAGGUUGACCUGGUGGGAAUAUUCCUGGGACAUCAUGGAGCCGAUUACCUACUUCGUGACUUAUGGCACCGCCAUGGCGUACUACAUAUACUUCCUCCUGACGCGGGAAGAAUACAUGAUGCCGGACGUGCUGAACAGGCGGCACUUGCUGGUGCUCCACAAGAAGGCGAAGAAGGAGGGCCUGGACCUGAACUACUACAACGACUUGAAGGAUCAGGCCUACGAGCUGGAGACCAUGUUGAAGAUCCUGCGAGGACCCCUCCACGAGAAGAAGCAGAUCCUGGAGCAGAAGCGGCAGAACAGGGACAGUUCCAGCAGCUCGAGGUCGCCGAGCUCGUCGCCCAGUCCAAGUCCUAGUCCAAGUCCGGAGAGAAGCGUCCCCAAGAAAGCGACCGUGGUCCCGGCGAUGCCCAGCUAAUUCCACGGGGUCCUAUCCGGAAACCUAGAGAGGAGGAUCCUGGAGAAUGAUGAUCCUGAAGAAUGAAGAUGACCCCGAAGAACGAGGAUUAAUGUACGGUCCAGAGUGUUUAGUCAUUAAUCGUUAUAUCGUUUCAUCGAAACACAUCAUCCGUAAAUGUCCUAAUUGCUGGUGACGUGUUUCCUCCACGGAGAUUUGUAUGACGUACCCAGAGCUCAAACGAAUUUGGACUUGCCUGAGACGGAAUGUCUGGACUUCACUUUUGACAAUGGUCAUGUCGAUCCAGCUUAACGUGUCGCCUGGUUAUUUAUUCAAAGCCUGGGUCUCUUUUUCGCUCUCUAAAUAACGCGCAGAGGGAAUUCCCGGGGAUCCUUCUGCAAGUUGCAAACGCCGAGGAUUCCGGCAAAUCUGGAAAUUAACGAAACUUUUCUUAGGGAUAAAUUCAUUAUAAUAUAUAUUGAUUGAUAUUCCGACUCGAAACAUACAGGGGAGCAAAUUAUCGAAUUCUGAUCCAUCGAUCAGUAGAAUUAACAACGAAUAAUGAAAAAGAUUAACGAGAUCCGCAAUGUAGGAACCAAACGCAGAAAGGACAUUGCGAUUUCACGUAGCCAGAAUUUCAAGUCCUGAAUAAACGAACGUUUUUACCGUUUUUCCUUUUACUGUUUAUAAUCACAGGCUGAAGAGUUCAUCUCUGCAGUGAGUUUCUCAUUGCGGUAUAAAUUGCAGACAUUCUCGAUGAAUACAAUAAUCUAUUUCCGUGAUUAACUUGGACGUUGAUUGAAACUCUUCCAAGGGAGUCGACGUAACCUAAUCAGCCCUUACUUAUUACUCGUUCGUCGAUUUGCUCAUUUCAUUUCGCACAAGCUGAGCAGAAAAUACAGAACAAAGAAAAAGUAAGUAGCAUUUUAAAUAUCAGAAACACUGCAAUUCAUUUUGAAAAAGUCCUGACAUUUUAACCCUCGAUCAAAAGUACAUUGAGGUUAAGUGAGAAUUAUGAAAUCACUCGACAAUGUUUUCCAUAACUUUUUUGCGUGUACACUGUCAGAUAUACAUAACAUUUCUUUUUGUAUCGUGUAUUUUCACAAAUAAUCCUUAUACGUCACCUUUCAAAUACUAUCGUUCAAACUUCGUUAAAAAAUAUGUGAUAUUUAAAAUGAUACCUACUUGUGCGAAACUCAGUAUAUAUUAAUAUUGUUCUGUUCUGUGAUUUCUGCUCUCUGGCACAAACAAUGUUGUGAUACUUCUCCUAGGUGUUCAUUUGCAAUGCCUACGGAUCGGUUCGAACGAACUUAACGAUUAAGUAACGUAUAAGUUACUUCGAGUUUUAUCGUUGGUCCUCUUUUUAAUGUCGCGCUCGCCUGUACAGACUUUACUACUAUUACUAUUAACUACAACUAUCGAGAUUACUAUUACUAAAAUUUUAGGGAACUUCCUUAGCGUUCCGAAGGUGACAAGGGAGACACGAGUGUAAUUCUGUAAAACAAGAAUUAUCUGCUAUUCUUUUACACUGGUGAAAACGUUCCACGUUACUUGUCUGAUAUAUAGAUUUAAUGUAAUUUAACUUAUUUAAUUUAAUUUAAUUAACAAUCAUUGCUUUCGCAAUGUAUUAUUUUAUUUUUGUUAACAAUGUUUUGAUUUGUAUGUAAAUUGCUAUGACAUGUGAGUCUAAGAUGUUGUGCAGAUCAAAUUGUUUUUGUGAUGCAAGAUGAAAUGAAUCAAGUGGGAAUAAGUCUCCUUUGUAAACCUCCGAUCUUGUCAUUGAGACACUUAUCGCCUUUGCAACAUAAUCUAACGGAGCCUCCAGUAAUCCUAUCAGACUAUACUAUUUAAUUAAUAGACUAUUGCUGCUACCGUUAAUGAAUAGAGGCUAACAAUCUUCCAUGAAAGUACCCUGUAAUGGCGUUUAAAUUCUAAGCAUAGAUAAGUAGGCACUUUUUCUAGACAAAGUUAAGGGGACGCAAUACCCCACAUCGCUUUCUCAAAAGCCUCGAUCACACUGUUCCAUCCGUCCGCAAUAUAACGAUUCGCUCAUUCAACAAAUUUGGAUGGAAAUCUGAAAGAGAGUAUCGGAUGAAUAUUUAUAAAUAACGAAUACUUAAAACGAUGCUCUGUACUUAAAGCAGUUAUUCUGCGGGAACCACUGCUAGGCAACUGCGUCAUUUGAACUUACUUUCGACUUUACACAUUGCACGUAAAACAAAGGAGUGGACCGAGUCAUUCUUUCCUUCCAAAAUUCUGUCUUUCUAGAUUAUCACAAAUCGCAGUCAACUAAUUCACUGCGUUGAAAAUUUGAUCUUCCUGUUUAACCUAAAUUUCGGUCUUCCUCAUCUUCCCAGCCAAAUGUUUAUACAGCGAAGAGCCUUUCGGAACACUUUGUACACGAACUCAUGUGUGAUUCGCACUUCUGCAUACAUAUAUAUAUAUACUCUCUAGCGUUACACAAUUCUUCCGAGCUUAUUAACAAAUGCCUAACUCUUUCUAAUAUUAAUUAGGCUAUCGAUAAAAAAAGUCCGACUAGGAAUUUCUUUCAGUUUCGCGAGUCAUCGGACUUGCAUCAAAUCAGUAAUCGAGCAGCUUCUGCACCAUUUUGCACAGUAAUGAUAUCAUCGAUGAAGAAAAAAGAAAUAAAAUCCUCUGACUUAACCAGGAAAUAUCCAUCUGUGACCAAAAUAACGUCGAUGAGUUCCAACGAGACUUGUACUGUGCAAGAUGGUGGUAUUCGUGAUUCUCCUUAAAGUAUAGUACUUAAUCGAUGAUUUUGCAUCGUUUGACGUUCUCUCUACGCUGCGUAUGAUAAUGAAAAUAUUGCGAACACUUUGAGGGAACUUUCCAAAAUUAGAAUUAUCCUGACAAGUCGUUCGAAAUCCAUCCGGUGAACACUUGCCUAAGUUAUUAUACUUUCUCUGUAUAUAUGAUAUAUAAAAAUCCGGAAAUGUCAGAAAAAAAUA